UUUUUUUCUCAUCCCCUCUCUUUUUUUCUAAACCAGCAAAGUAACUGGUUCAGCGCUGCUCAAAAUAAAAAGAUUUGAAUAUCUCGACCAGAUAAAUUGCUAAUAAUGGCUGCUGCUCCCAAGGACAUUGAGAAGCCCCAUGGCGGCGAUUCUGCAUCUGUGCACCGCAUCCGUAUCACCCUGACCUCCAGGAACGUCCGCUCCUUGGAGAAUGUGUGCCGUGACCUGAUCAACGGUGCCAAGAACCAGAAUCUGCGUGUCAAGGGCCCCGUGCGCAUGCCAACCAAGACUCUCCGCAUCACCACCCGUAAGACUCCUUGCGGUGAGGGUUCCAAGACAUGGGAUCGUUUCCAGAUGAGAAUCCACAAGCGCAUCAUCGAUUUGCACUCUCCAUCUGAGAUCGUCAAGAAGAUCACGUCGAUCAACAUCGAGCCCGGUGUAGAGGUUGAGGUUACCAUUGCCAACUAGAUUCGGCCAAUGACCUUUUCAAUGCUAUACUGAAAAGUUUUUGCAUUUUUAAUAAAAAAUCAACAGCUCUUCUUAAUCAAA